GUCCACAAUAUACAGGCCGAUAAGCAGACCACCUACCUUUCCGCCUUUGGGACAACCACUCCCAUCAAAGCGGAGACAAUACCAUUUAGUCAUUAUAUACAGUAUCUCUGGUUUGGGCGAGUUUCGUUGGUGACGUCUGUCGCCAGUACCCGCCCCGUUCAGUUAUCGCCUUGCUUUGCUGCAUAGACCGCGCAGGAACCUGGACCAAACGAGGCGGAAUUUCAGUUACUUAUCCAUCAUCGAUAUGGGAAUUAUACCAUUCUUUCAGAACCAAGCUCUUAUCCCAUACUAUCUGAAGCCAGUCCACUUCGAGACACAGACUAUAAAAACUGCCGGUUGAAGGAACACCAGCAGUAGAUUGUUAUUAUUGCCUUAGCCAGUACAGCAUUUACAGAAUAUGUUUCCUGCUGAUUCAGGGAUGAUAUACCACCUUGUGCGAUGAGAAGUAGCCUAACGUUUUCUCAGAACUGGAGAUGGGCAUUUUCUAAAUUGUCCUAAUUGAUUUUGGGAAAAUGCUCUGGACAAUUUUAGUGCUCUGUAUGUCUGUGGCGCUACUGUACUGUGUAGUUGGUGAGGCCUCCAGCCAGCCUCUGACACCCAGCCGAGGCACUGAGACAGAGGCCCUGUCUGCCCGCCACUACUACCACACAGACCCCAGCACAGGCAUUCAGCUGGUCUGUGACAAGUGCCCCGCGGGCACCUUUGUUUCCAGACACUGUACCCAGACCAGUGUGAGGGAUUGCAGCCGCUGUGACGAGGGCACAUUCACUCACGGAGAGAACGGGAUUCAGCAUUGCCACCGCUGCAGGAGGCCCUGCCACGCCCCCCUCGUUGAAAAGGUCCCCUGCACGUCCACCUCGGACCGGAUCUGCACCUGCCCUCCGGACACCUUUACCCAGGGGGACAGCUGCACGGCUCACUCCCUGUGCCCUGUGGGCUCAGGGGUUAAGAAGAGGGGCAACGAUGUGGAGGAUGUGCGCUGUAAGGCGUGCGCACGGGGGAGUUUCUCUGAUAUGGCCUCCAGUGUGUUGAGGUGCAGGACACACACAGACUGCCUGACCCACGGUCUGCCCCUACUGGCGACGGGCACUAGAGAGACAGACAACAUCUGUGGACCUGCUUCUCCCACCUCCCCCACCCUCUUGGGACCUGCACAGUCUGCCUUCGUCCAGGAGCCCUCCUCUUCCUCCUCCUCAUCUGGCCCAGUACGUAAAGACAACUUCAGACUGACAGCAGGUGCUGAGGACUUAGAGCUCUUACUGAGUGCCACAGGGAUUCUACCCAGCCAUGGCCAGGAUCCCCCCCCAGCAGGCUCCUCCGAAGCCAGCCCCGAAGACAAUGGAGAGGUCCUGAACCUAGCCGCUACGCCUGAAGCCCAGGACUCCACACGGACUCUACCACACCACAAGUACUCUGUUCCCAGUGAUAACCACCGCACCCACCCGGCGGCCAACAACCGGGCCAUGGAUGGCAUGGAGGAUGGAGCUGGUGUGGGAGUGGGCAGAUGGGUGCAGAGCUCAGGGUACAGGCCCACGCGGAGGGGCUCCCCCAGACCCAGCACUCAUACGCACUUUGACAUCAAUGAGCACCUGCCCUGGAUGAUCGUUCUGUUGCUGCUGCUGGUGCUGGUGGUGAUCGUGGUGUGCAGCGUGAAGAGGAGCUCCAGAGUUCUGAAGAAGGGUCCAGUCCAGGACCCCAGCAGCAUCAUUGAGAAGGCAAUCCAGAAGAAGACAUGCCCCCCGACACAGACCAAGGAGAAGUGGAUCUACUACUCCAACGGACAGGGUGUGGACAUCCUGAAGUUGGUGGCAGCUCAGAUUGGCAGCCACUGGAUUGACAUGUACCAAUCCCUGGCCAAUGCCACGGAGCGUGAAGUGGCAGCAUUCUCCAACGGCUACCAGUCGGACCACGAGCGUGCAUAUGCUGCCCUGCAGCACUGGACCAUCCGCGAUGGGGACGCCAACUUGGCUAAGCUCAUCAACGCCCUGCACCGCCACCGCCGUAUAGACGUGGUGGAGAAGAUACGGGGCAUCAUGGAAGACAAUCCUCAGUUUAAUCUGAACCAGCUGAUGACUGUGAAUGUAACCCCGAGCCACAGUCCUGUCCACAAGUCGUUGGAGUCUCCUGGGGUGGUGGUGGAGCAGUCUCCUGUGGACCGGACCAAGGGCUUCUUCCCCGACGAAUCAGAGCCUCUGCUCCGCUGUGACUCCACCUCCAGCAAAGACUCCGCCCUCAGCAGGAACGGCUCAUUCAUCACCAAAGAGAAGAAAGACACGGUGCUGCGUCAGGUCCGGCUGGACCCGUGUGACCUGCAGCCCAUCUUCGACGACAUGCUGCACAUCCUAAACCUUGACGAGCUGCAUGUCAUCGAGGCGAUCCCCAUGGCGGAGGACAAACUGGACCGCCUCUUCGAGAUUGCCGGGGUCAAGAGCCAGGAGGCCAGCCAGACCCUGCUGGACUCUGUCUACAGCCACCUGCCUGACCUCCUAUAGGCACACUGCUGUGAUGCUACAGACCUAUACUGUGGUCAGGGGACACCCCACUUCCUUCUGCUGCAAACCCCUCCUUUUCGGUGUGGCUACUUGGGUGUGCCCCCCCCCCCCCCCCCCCCAAAUACUCUGAGGUAAGCUAGUGAGAUGCUGCUUGAUUCUGGAUAGUCGUCUACACGCCUUCAUGACUGCCAAUCGGCUAUCCUCCAUCCCUAGCAGCCUGACUUAAUCCCCUACUAACACCAGGGUCAGGGAGCCUCCCUUUUUUUAAUCCUUUAUUUAACCAGGUAGACUAGUGUGAGAACAAGUUCUCAUUUACAACUGCGACCUGGCAGUUGUAAAUUCUCUCUCUUCUCUCUCUAUGAUCCUGCACACUCUCACCCCCAGGCCAGACCAUACAGCCACAUGCCUGACCUCUUGAAGUCUCCUUCCAUCACUCCCCCCAUGUUGAGGGGAGGGGUCCAGGCCCCCCCCCCCCCCCCCCACACACACACACAGCCCCCCAUGGUGAGCCUGCCAGCCUGGAGUUCUGGGCAGACAUAGCACCACCAUCACCACUAUGCUUAUUAAACCAUAGCUAUUGCCCUUGUGUCAAUGUAGCAUUAAACAAGUGUUCUCUUUACAUUUUUGACAUUAUAAACCCAUAUUCAUGCAAGCAAACUUCAAUAACACACUCUCAUGCACAAUGUCUAUAAAUGUCAAACAUCCCACAUGAAGAAAUACUAUAGUCUGCACUAUGGUAGGACUACUACAGUAUUCACUGUAGUGUUUUUGCUAACUUUACUGUAGUAUUUACUAUAGUAUACUGUAGUAUUUACAGUUUACUAUAGUAUAAAUACUGUAGUAAAAACAAUCAGUAGUGUAUACUAUAUUAAUUACGGUAAUGUUUUUGCAGACUGUAGUAUACUGUAGUAUUUACUGUACUGUUUUUGUUUUAGUAUCUUUGACAUAGAAGUGGGGGGCAUUCUCCUUGAAGAAACCUACUGGAGAAAUACUCAGAGUAAAUUUUCCAUAACCUGUAGGUAGUGCUGGGUUCUGACACGGUGAGUUCAGAGCUUGUACUCUUUUCUAUAACCAUAGGGAACACAAUAUAUGGUCUAAACUUGGCAUGUAGGUUUCAAACUUACGGGUGGCCCAAAUUGGGACUUGGGGGAGGGGAAUGGGCAGGGUACAGUAUGUACAAAUUAUAUACUGUAGUAUUUACUAUAGUUUAAAAAAAAUGUUUUUGCGGACUGUAGUAUUUUUGCAGACUUUUUUGUACUAUUUACUAGUGUUGUUUUGUGGAUAAUACUGUAGUAUUUACUAUAGUAUUCUACAGUACUCCAAAAUUCUAUACUAAGUCCUACACAUGAUCGAUGGAUACUACAGUGUAUACAAUUGUAUAGUAUACUACAGUUUACAACAUACUUCUAUAUACUGUAGUAUUCUAGAAUAAACUGUAGUAUUUUUUUAUGAGGGACACUACGACACACACUCAUGAUGCACAAUGUCUUACACUAGUAGUAUGUAAUAUGAUUGACGCACUAAUUCUUGUUCUUUGAGUAACAUAACCAUUUCAUCUGUAUGCAUUCUGCCAUAUGUGCUUCAAUGUCUCUUUGAAAUGCUGUUUACUUACAUGUCACACUUAUUUUUUUUCAACAUUUAGUUUGAGUAUUAGCAUUUGUAGUUUUUUAGCUUUUUGAUUUCUUAGCAACUAAUAUUUGUCUUGAUUUCAAUGGCAUUCUGAUAUGUCCAAGCUUGGUAUAAUGAGACCAUCUUACUGGAUGUAAGAUAUGCAUAGUUGCUCCAUAUUCUACUUGAAUCUGACAGUCAUCUUCUGGAUUGUGGUACUUGAUUAAAAAAUAACAAUGUACAACUAUAGUUCCUUUUAAAUUCAACAUCUUUAAACAUUUUAAAAAGCACCACCAAAAACAUGUUGCUGUGAAGUGCCAGUAUUCAACUCACAGAUAUUAGGAAAGGAACACAGACUGACUUUUUGCCAAGCCAAUCGUAUCAAGCUAUUCUGGUGCUAGACUUGAAAUUCUCUAGUUGGGCAUAAUACCAGGAUGAUAUGGGUGACUUUCAGGACAAUCGCUACUAAAGUAUUCUGGACUUUGCAGGGGGUAAAAUAGAUGCAGCUGCUCUGGACUUUGUUGGACAGAAUUGAAGUGUUGUUCGAGCUGUCCACAUCGCUGUUGGGUCUAAUGUAGGUGUGUGAAGGUAAGCAUGUAGAACGAGUCUGAAACAUUGAAGUUGAGGUAUACUGUACAUGUACUCUGGUGGCUGUUUUUAAACAUAACACGUGUAACCAGUACAUUUACUAUUAUGUAAAAUCUUAAAUCAACCAAUUAAAGUUCAAACGUUUGUCAUAA